AUGUCCCUGGUUUUCACAGGAAAGUUCAACUACUCGCCCUACGCCUCUAACGAGAACAUCUUUGUUGUUCUCCUUGACGGAUGGGUCGAGCGCGGUGGCGUACUUGUUUUUUCGACUUUCACCAAGGAUGCAUCCGGAGUCGACAAGCGCCCCUUCGACCUUACAACCAAAUACGUUCUCAAAGCGUCUGACUCUGACGUCAAGAAGUUCAUCAUCCGAGACCUCGACAACAAGGCCUACUAUUGGUUUGACGCCUCCCGCGGCACAGACACCAUCACUCUCAACCUGCGCCAUGCCGAUCAGCUCGUUGCUCAGGACAUUAAACUGACCCAGUUGACCAAGUAA